AUGUUGUUAUUCCUUCUCAUGUUUCUCGGCCUUUCCGUGGCUCAGCAGUCGUGCGACCCAGCGAAACCUCCACUAAACCUACCAAAAUGCACGGGCCGAUGUCUUGUUGGAGAAUACAAGUUCCUUGACGGCACAUGUGCCGACAAUCUCAAGGGAUUCUGUUAUCUCUCAGACGGCGUACGCAUGUACUUCGACGAGUAUGGAAAGUGUUUGCUCACGCAAUGCCCUGACGAACAAGAUCGAUCUCGGUUCAUUCGAUUAUUCAAGGACCAAUGCGAGUCGAUUAAUAGGUCGUGGAAAGAUAGUGAUGUCCCGCCCGAAUUCGUCGAACUCUUGACCAAGCAGUUGGCAAGUAGUACGAAUCCGAGUGCAGUACAGACAAGUUCAAAAGCGGAACCGACUUCGAUAUUCACAACUUCGAGCGAGCUUCCCCCGCCGGCUUCGUCUAUUUUAUUGUCCUCGACUCCUGGAGAAGAAAACUUCCCCACUAUAAGCUGGAUUUCGGCUUCUCAAGAACCUAGUUCCGCUAACAAGGACGAAAAGCCUACACCUACCGUAAUGUCCAACUCGCAAUUCCAAUGGCCUGCCGUGCAUAGGACAACAUCCGAAAUUGUCAUCUCUAGUCAUAGACCAGAGAAUCGCCCGGACAGUACCCUCCACAUCCACACAACAGUCAUCUCGACCCACGCUCCCACAGCUGCAACUCAAAAUGAGCCGAAGCAACGCGUUAGUACAAAUGUCAUUGCGGCUGCAGCCGGAGGUGGCACAGGAUUUCUUGCAUUAGCCAUUGGAUUAGUGUAUAUACUCAUGCGCCGCCGCAAGCGCAAGCAAGCUAAGGCUACAACGCCAGAUACAUGGAAACCUGAUCGAGGAUUGAAUGCUGAGCCAGAGCUCGACGAAGGGGCAACAGUUGACCGGUACUCAGAGACCGGUACUGGCGGUGCGAUUGGAGUGCCCAUGAACGCAGAGUUACAUGGCGCCUGCAGUCCCAUGACUGAUCGAUAUCUAAACAUCAAUUCAAGGGAUCUGACCAAGUCGCCGGAUUCCAUGGGUGGAAGCUACUCACGAUACUACCGUCAAAAUACACCAUUGGAGCGGAACAACGGUGACACUGCCAAUCGACACCAUUAUUCUGAACUUGGAGCAAGCGCUCCAGCAGCCAUCUACUCUCCAACUUCCCCCGUUUCAGAUAUGUCGGCAUCGUCUACCUGGCACGACCCGCGUGUUGAACCAAAUCACAAUGGAGUCGGAAAGGCAGAAAUGCCGUCGCAAAGCAUGAAAAGUCCUGUCUCGGAGCUGAGUACAACAACCCCUUCGGCAAGACCUGAGAUGACGGAGCUACACAGCGAGGAAUUUCCGAAUCUGGCUUCGGGGCUCAAUGAUACUAGCCGUACAAAUAAAGAUGAAAGCGUAGAGCUUCAUAGCGAGCAUCUGGGGCCGCGGUAUGCAGAGCUUGGUACCGGGGCACAUGCAGUAGGCAGUGCUGCUGAGUUGGGUUGA